UUUAUUCAAUAGGGUUUUUUAUAUAGCCACCUCUGUUACGUUAGGAUUUGCACUCGCACGUUGCUGUCUCUUUCAAACCUUUGAAGAAAUCAAUAAUGUGUAUUUACGAUAGGAAUUAUACCUAAACUAUUGUAUAUAUACAUAAUGGGUGAUGAUUUCAUCCCAAAUAUUUUACAUAUUUACCUAUAUGUUAGCAGUUUUUGUCUUAAAUUUUAUUGAUUCCAGAUUAUUAUUGAUCGAGACAUUUGUGUUGUCUUGAUUUUUUUAUCCACUCGUAAAUAAGUUUGGUAUAUGUGAGAAAUUGACUGCUAAUUAUUGAUAGACAGUUAACAUGGCCGUCUUUAGGUCAGGUUUCAACUUGUAGGUAUAUGUAAACAAAGUUUCCGUUAUUUAGUGCUAUAAUUUAUUGCAUUCCUGUUUAUACCAGUUAGAUAGGUGGGGUAGUGACUUUCAAAAUCCUGUUAAAACGUGUCUCUUCCUAGGUGGUCCUCUGUUCCCACUAGCGUGCCUGAGGUUUUUUUUAAACACAAAUUCAUAUAAAAAGGCCGCUGCUGAGGGUGAAUUAUAUAGUAUCUUUAGACCACCAGUUCAGUUAAGAGCUCUUGGUUUCUACACAUUGAAGUUUUGAUUAUCACUUGUGAUCAUGGAUUUUACCGAGAAUACCUUCAAGAACUACUACUUCAAUGAACACGAAGACGAAGCGAGCGAUGAGGAAGGGACGCUUGCUUUCAAAGUCAAGCAGGCCAUAGCAAAGAAGCGACCAUCCAAUAACAUCGACGUGUUUUUCGAAAAGUCCAAGAAGAAGCCGAAAGUCUACAAGAAAUCUUCCACGGUCGCCAAAAUGACGGAAGACGGUGUCGCAUACCUUACAUCUGGACAAGACGAUGGGGCAUAUGCCUCACAUCUGAUCAAAAUAGAGGUAUACGACAUGGAAAAAAUAAAAAAUGUUUCGCCAUUGGAGCAUUGGAAACACUGCGAUCUUCGUGUUAGAUACUACACCGUCGGAGAAGGGGACACGCAUGAACAAAGUGCUCGUGAUGUCAUUUACAACAUCACAAAAGAGUUAUCGGCAAAGCCUAAGUGUGUUAAAUAUUGUUUAGGAACUGAAAAUAAAUAGUGUUAAAGUGCUUUGUUUAAUUUCAUAAUCUUAGGUCUAAAA